GCUCACUCACUCUUCAACGACCACUAAGCAAAUUCAUCUCAACAUUCAUGGCUGCUCUUCAACAUUCAUGGCUGUCUACUCUCAACACUACUGCUUUCUUCUCUUCCUCUAACCGUCAGAAGAACUCUCCUUUCAAACUAUCCUUCUCUCAAAAACCAAACUCGGAAGAAACAAGUCCUGAAUCCGCAGAGGGUCCUGUGGACCCUGUUAAGCUUCCUUUUGAGAGGGCUAAAGCGUAUAAGAAAAUGAAAGUGAACCCAGAUUCAAAAACUGAGCCGAACCCAGGAGAGGAUUCUGGCAGAGAUAGGAAAAAGACUGACGGAAGUAAGGAAAUUCCUGCUUCAGUUAAGGUUGCAUUGCGAAAAGCAAGAGAGUACAAGGAGAAUACAGGGGUUCUUGGUGGUGUGGACAAUGCCAGUGAGAGCAGAAUUGCUUCAGGAAUUGAUGUUUUAGGCAAGAACACUGAGAGUGGGGGUACCUCCCAGCUAGGCAAGACUGCGGAGAAGAAGGUUCAGAAGGAGGAAAAAUUGUUAAUCUCAAGCAUUGAUUUCGUAGGGCUUGAGUUUGCUGAUAAGAAAAAGAGCAGAGGACUACCAGCUGGCCUGGCUCCAGUUUCAGACCCUUUUCCAGAAGGCGAUUUGCCUGAUGUGGAGAUUAUUGUUGGGGACACCAGCAAGUUUGGGGAGGCAACAACAUCAGAGGAAAAGCAAACUACAGAAGAUAGCUCAGAAAUUUAUAAGCCGAAGGUCUCAACAUGGGGAGUCUUUCCUAGGCCUGGCAACAUCUCCAAGACGUUUGGUGGUGGAAGGACUAUUCGACCUGGGGAAGUGCUUGAAUCAGAAGAAGAUAAAGCUGCUAAAAAUGAGCGCACAAGGCAGUUGCUUACUGCUUACAAGAAGAAAAUUGGAUUGAAUGUUGACCCAAAGCUAAGAUCCGAGUGUGAGAAGGCAUUGAAGGAUGGUGACUCAUUAAUGGAUUCUGGGAAGCUUAAGGAAGCUUUAUCCUGCUAUGAAAGAGUAAUGGAGAAGAUGCCUUAUCAGAGUGAACUUCAUGGAUUUGCUGCUUUGCAAUGGUCUAUCUGUCAAGAUUCACUUCGUAGACCAAGUGAGGCUCGGAUUAUGUAUGAGAAGCUCCAGUCUCAUCCAAAUGCCAAAGUAAGCAAGAAAGCAAGGCAGUUUACAUUCAGUUUCAAGGCCAUGGAAAUGAUGAAGGUCACAGGCUCAAACCCCUCGCUAAAGAACACAGGCUACCAGAAUUAUUUUGAGGCAUUUAUUGAAGAUAAAGCCUACAACUCUCUGGAAGGGGCCGAAGUCACAGAAGGUGCACUGAACCAAGCCCUCCCAUAUGUGAUAUUCCUUCUUUCUCCCAUUAUUGCUGUAUUAUUCAUUGCUGUACAGAAAGGGUAUGCAAAUUAGUAUGCAAGGUAGAACUCACACUGUACAUGUUUCAUCAUAUCUUUCAAAACUAUAUUCAAAGAUUUCGUGAAUAUAUAGAUUUUUCGUCUAUAUGAUGCAUAAA